CAAUUCCCAUCCCACCCCCGCACCCACCGUGGCCCGAGUAGCCGUGGCCGCCGCGGCAGGCCGGCAGCGCCCUCCCGGCGGUGAGCGCAGCCCGGCGCGCGCGUCGCGGCCACCGCCGCGCUCGAAGCGCCCAGAUCUAGGGCCUAGCGGCCCCCCUCCUCCAUGGCGCGGCGACUGCCGUUGUGGACAGCGCUGCUCCUCCCCUUCCUCCUCACCGGCGUUGGUACCGCCGCCGCCGCAUCCCCGCCCCACGAUGAGUGCCCGGUGCCUACUAUCGUGGAAUCCGUUCUUGGUACUCGAGACACGUGCUCGACGCUGGAUCUUGGCAACCCGGUCGGCGUCGUGGAGGGGGAUGAGUUCACCUUAGCAACGGCAGUUAAUCUUCUUCAUGCAAACAAGGAUGACUAUAUUGCUGUACUUUUCUAUGCCUCGUGGUGCCCAUUCUCACAAGAAUGCAAACCAAAUUUCGAGACACUGGCCUCCUUAUUCCCAACCAUUAGACAUUUUGCAUUUGAGGAAUCUGCAAUUAGGCCAAGCAUAAUUUCAAGAUACGGCAUCCAUGGUUUCCCAACACUCUUUCUCUUGAAUUCAACCAUGAGAGUACGGUAUCAUGGACCAAGGACUGUUAAACCACUUGCAGCUUUCUAUACUGAUGUCUCAGGUAUCAAUGCCUCGGUCAAUGUCAAGUCAACUGCAGGGGAGACCAUGGUACAUCCCUUGCACGAUAUUGAGCGGCAAAAGGAUGCUGAACAGGAAAAUUGCCCGUUUUGGUGGGCUCGGUCGCCAGAGAAAAUACUUCAGCAGGAUACUUAUCUAGCAUUGGCGACCGCAUUUGUUAUUUUGAGGCUGCUGUAUCGUCUUUUUCCAAAGAUUGAUUCCUUUGCUAGAUGGGCAUGGAGGAGGCAUAAUCUGUUUGCAAACUUGAUGGGGGCACAUGAAUAUUUCCUCACCUACCUUGAGCAAGGAAGACAGAAGUUUCAUCGGCUAUACCCUUCAAGUUCGAAGCGAGGAAAUCUGCAGGAGGGGGCAAUGAACGCUACCGCUUGGGCCUCCAAAUCAUUAGCAUCUGUUUCGAUUGGAGAACCAAGUGCGAUUGGAAGGACAAACUCUACCAGUGAGCUUAGAUGAAGUGUAACCCUUUUUUUCUCCACAGAGAUAUAUGUACAGUACAGUAGAGCGAUCUUAUGGACACCCAGAAUCUGUUGUAACGGCUGUAUUUCUCUUUGUAUCCUCUCCUCCUUAGAAUAAGUAUAUCCAUGGUUUUGCACCUUUUUUUGUUGUUACAUCCCAAUUCUUCGGAGGAGUAAAGUUUCUGGUGUAUUGAGUAGUGUCUUGUGUUCUGAAAUUUGGAAUAUGUACCAGUAUGUUGGAGCCUUGGAGGGCAUCACAAUAGGAUAUUGUCACUUUCUGCUGUCAUGCCGUCCUUGGUCUGUCAUAGAAAUUAGCAAUUUAGGUGUUUAGGGUUUAGGAAUGGUAACAGGAUCUCUUGUCGGUGGUAAUGAUUACUGGCUGUAAUUAGAUUGGAUAGUACUUUCUCCGUUCUUUUUUAUUUGUAACGGUUUAGUGUAAAAAUGAACUAGCGAAUGGUAAAUAUUUAAGAACGGAGGUAGUACGAAAGAAUUUUACUAAA